ACCGCCGUCCACUUCUGUCUGGCUUGUAUCUCUGUCUGUGGAUGAGAUGUUGCCUUAUGUGAUGCUGUUGCUGUAUAUGCUGGGGCUUCACUUACGGAGCUGUGCAACUGAUCCGUGCAACUGGACUGGAAGCGGUUUUGCAGCUGUCAUAGACUCCAGGAUUGUCCUCCAGGUGCAGCUGCGCUGUGCCGAGGGCUCGGUGCGCUGGAUCUACCCGGGCCAGGCUCUCCGAGUGGUCCUGGAGUCCAACCUGUCCACCGCCAGGAGAACCACAGUCUGCAUCAAACCUUCUCCCUCUCUCCGCGGGGCCAGCGUGUUCAUCGAGCGGGCCGGGGAGCUGCAGCUGCUGGGGACGGAGGGCGGCCGGCCCGAGCAGCAGAUCUUCUGUUUCCGGGCAGAUGGUCCGCACAGGCCCGCUAUCUACCUCCAGUCCAGCCCGCAGAGUGUGGGAUCCUGGAGCAGACGUACGAUGGGCUUCAGAUAUGAGCUGCUGAGCAACAGGAGCUCUGCACCCAACGUAGGCCACACCGGGCUGCAGGAUUCAUGCCAACCCUGCAAUGAUACGCAACUCCUCAUGGCCAUCUGCAACAGUGACUUUGUGGUCCGUGGCUACAUCAACAAUGUGUCCCACGACUCUGACCGUCAGACGUCGCUGGUGGAGGUGUCAGCACAGAGGGUUUACUGGCAGCGCAGUGGAGUGUUUGAGCAACAAGCGGCUGCCUCUGGAUCGCCUCCCUCCGUCCUGUCUUGGCGUGGACACAUCCACACACUCAUGCAAUGCCACGUGAAGCCUGGGGAUGGAGAGUUUCUCUUCACAGGGUCAGAACACUUUGGGGAAGCUUGGUUAGGGUGUGCCCCGCGAUACAAAGACUUCCUGUCAGUCUACCAGACCGCCUGGGCAGCGCGUCAGAAUUCCUGUGACUUCCCUUUGGACUGAGGAAGUCUGGUGUUUUCGCUCUACUGUGGGAUUCCUGUAAUGUCAUGAGCCAGAAAGGUGGCAUCUAGCAUCACCAGCAUGGAGGAAGUAAUUGAAUUGCUAUUAAAAAGUUCACAUUUAGAGGAGCAGAGCGAGGGCAAACAGCAGGGCCUCCUGCACUGAGGCUCAGAUAGGGCAGGCCUUUGUCUCCCUCCCAUCACUGGCCUUAUUCCUGGGAGAGUGAGAAGGGGUUGGGUUGCUGCUCUCUCUUUGUGCUUCUCACCACAUCAACCGUUGUUCACUUUGCUGGCUCUGUGUGACAAUUGCCCCCUGAACUGA